AUGCACUGGCUUCGUUGUUUUCCGAUAAUAUUAGAGAUUAUUUUAACGAUUCACCAUGCAGGAGCUGCAGCAGUGUUAGGACAGAGGCUCUCGUUUGUAGCGCAAAGCACAUGUACAUAUGAUUACGAAGUUGCAGUCCAUACUGCAAGAGGUACACGCUCCACAGUCAGCGAAGGAUUUCAUCUUCAUGCGCUGGUCGACUUAACACCAGCAUCACGCGACUUCAAUGGGAGGGAACAGUCGCAUCUCAUUAAGCUUGACGUGCGGGAACCCCGCUUAAGGCGCCUACAACAUGGGCGUGUUCCUGCCAAUCACCCUGUCAAUGAAGAGUUUGAAGAGCAGCUGUCAAAGCCCUUUUACUUCCAGCAGGAAGAUCAUGGUACUAUUACUGACGUUCUUUUCCCAAAGAGGUCUGAGUCUCCCGAAAUUGCUGCCUUCAAAAAAGGUAUUGCAGGCGCAUUUCAGCUAAACCUUAGGGACGCGCACAGAUCCAACAUCUAUGAAGUACAAGAACACGAUGACUCUGGUUUCUUUCGAACAAAGUACAGUGUGAUGUCAGCCAACGAUACGCAUGCUCAUCUGCAUCGCACCUGGACGAACCAAGAUUACCAAACGUUUGCAGACGGCACCCCAGCCAAGGCAGAACACAAGGUGCAGUCUCAGCACAAUGCGUAUAUUCAUGUGAAAGACGGUAAGGUAGAGAGAGUUCACCGUACUAAUAAAGCAUUUUUUAGACCUGCCAAUGGUCAUCCAAGGGCCGACAACUUCGAAGGAUUUAAAGGCCAAGAGCAAGACAUUGAAAUGUCAACAAAGGGAUACAGCAAACUGACGUUAAGAUCUUGUCUAGGACCUGAACACCAUCGUUCCAAGCGAUCAGCAACAGAGGAACAGCAUUUAAAGAUAGCUCGUACUCUUAUCAGAGACAAUCUUUUGUUUACUGACACUGAGAAGAUAAACUGGUCCAAGAUCGGUGGAGAGAAGAAAAAGCCGAAGCCUUUCUAUGAAGUACUGCGCUGUUUCACCGACAAAAGUAUGAAGGAGCGUCAAAUCGCUGAUUGCUCUAAUGAGAUGCAUCGUAUGGUUCGCGAAGAUGAAGACGCUUUUCGAACAAUCAAUCGACUUGUUCGGGAUCGAAGUCACCAAAACAUCACGUCUUGGGCAGUAUAUGUAGCAGCACUUGCCGGUCACGGAAAGUACCAGGCCCAAAACACUUUAGCGCAAGCAGUUAGGGCAGAUUACCCUCGACCUCUUAGCAAAGAAGAGUAUGAGACACUUCUGAUCGGAAUUUUUUACUUACCAGAAGGUCCACUUCACUCACAACUCUUUGAUGCCUUGUUAAACCUUGUGUCACGAGAAGAGAAAGGAGAUGAAGUCACAUCUACAGCGAUGCUUGUCUUAGCAGGACUAGCUGAAAGAGCACAGAGAUCGGGGUACAAUGACACCUUAUGCGAAAGCGUCGCUGACAUGAUCCACAACAGGUACCAAAACAGAUCAACAUUGUAUGAUCCCGACAGCUCGGACCACGAAAUACAGCUAAGAGACCACAUCUGGGCCUUUGGAAAUCUCGGACAUCAUUCCGGACUUCCAGUUAUCCUUCAACACAUUGACCACGAUAACUCUGGUAUACGAUCGGCAGUGAUCUCAGCAUUACGCAAGCUUCCUCCAGAGCACACGAAUCAACACUUAAUGAAUGCACUAUACGCAGAUGAACAUCCCGAUGUUAAAACUGCCGUUAUUAAUAUCUUUGUUGAGCGUCAUCAACAUUUAAGCGACUCAGUGGUAAAAGGCCUAGAGCAUGCGCUGUGGCACGCCCCAGAAAGCGAAACUCUUGAUUCUAUGAUUAUUCAGCUCAUUGAAAAUCACGGUGACCACCCCAAGGCACUUUAUUUAAGGAAAAGACGACGAGCAAUUCAUCGCCAAAAACGUGCUCUCUUUCCAUUCCUCCGUCCAAGAGAGUUUGCUCUUGGCCGGUCAAAGCGAUGGUUGAAGACCUAUGGUGGCAAGUGGCUUGGAGCCGAAUCAAUCAUACAGUUCAUUAAUCAGGUAAAACUUAGAAUUGGCAUUUUUGGGGGAAAUUUUGAGAUUAAUCUUGACAACUAUGCGCAUAUUCAUGCCUACAUUCUCAAGUUUGGAUUUGAAGUCGUCCGAGGUAAAGCUGCUUUUAAGGCAUCCGCCAGUUUUAAGAAUGAUUUCCCGAAAGAUCUCAUCCACGCCGUUGCAGAUGCUGGAGAUGAUCUCCUUAAGCAGUUUGAUAGUAUUACGAGCGUGAUUGCUGAACAGAUAAACCAGUUUAUCAGCAAACUUGCUGGUUAUUUACCAUUGCACAUCGACAAAUUUACAGAGUUCGUCAACAAGCUCGUUCAGUUUGUGCAGAAUCUGGUGCAGCCUUUACGACCGAUUAAUGUGAUUGGAAAAAUCAUAAAAUUUACCAAAGAUGUUCUAAGCCGCCUCAAGGACUGGAAGUGGCUGACAGACAUGAUAAAGAAAAUACAACAAAGUCUCGGAAGGCUGACUGCCAUAGACGACGUUUUUCAAAACGUUAUUGCAGCUCUGGACAACAUCCUCGGCAUUGUGGGUAAAAUAACAAACUAUUUGCCCCAUAAUCUGCCGGGAAAUUUCAAUAUCAAGACACUCCUGAACAUUCUUCGCUCAGUCUCUGUCGACCUGCAUUUUGAUAAAAUCAAAGAAUAUUUCAAUUCCCUAGGGAUGUCUGUUCCUAACGGUUUCCGUUUCCAGCUUCCGUUCAAGUUCUCCAUCCGCCUUUCGUUUUCUCUGGAAACAUUUCAGAAAACUUCCUUAAAUCUUCUACGGUUUGCCAAUCGUUUCCUGGAUAUGUCUUCUUUGCUUGAUUUUCUCCAAAGCAUUAGAUUCCCCAGGUUACAGUUACCAGACAUGAACCAACGAUUCCCUUCUUUUCAAGGGAGCGGUUUUAACUUUGGUCUACGUUUUGAUUGGCGAAUCAGCCUAAAGUUCAAGCUCAAUCUGAAAUCACUGGGCUUCCAGAAUUUUAUCACUGUUUUAGAGAAACUUGGAGACUUUUUAGCACAGUUCAAACUCCCGGGUUUCGAUCUCGAAAAGUUUUUUGAAGAAAUAUUACCUGGCAAGAACUUAGAUCUUGGACUACUUUUCAACGAGCUUUUGGGCGGAAACUCUAACUCGAAUUUUACUAAUCCGGGUGAUGUUCUGCAAGAAUUCCUAGAGAAUCUUCUUGAAGUCCUUGACGUUCAAUAUGCGAAUGUCUCUGCAAUAGGUGAUAUCACAGAUUUCUUUCAGGAGCUCGGGCCGGCAAUGGAGCAGUUCGCGGAAAAGAACGUACAGCGUAUCUGUGGAUUGUAUAAACUGGCUUUGAAUUCAUCCCAGGAAUUUAAGGAGUUUGGAGAAAAUGUUGAGCAGGAAGGAAUUCAAGUGCUUCAGCUCGUAGAGAAUACUACCCAAAGUGCACUAACGGAACUCCUUAACUUUACUGUCCUUGUAGAUUCUCUAAUAGACGAAAUUCAACGUAACUUUACCACGGCUGCAAAAGGAUUCGUCUCAGACUCGCUGCAAGAGCUCACAGGCAAACUGAAAGAUAUUCAGAAUCUUGCAAAUGAUAUAGUGGACUUUGCCAAUGGGACAGCCUCAAAAGUCAAUGGUGCAUGCACCAAAGCUGCAAAUUUCUCCGCUGACGUAAUAGAUAAAGUUCAAGAAAACGCUCGUGAAGCACUUAUGGAGCUAGGAUCGUUCAUUGGACCUGUUGCCACAAACAUAAAAAAGGUUGGAGGACAGUUGAAAUCCGCUGUGUCUAAUGUCGAGACGUGGUAUGAAGAGAACAUGGCAGCUCGUGUCGGGAAGAUUUCUCGCGUUGCCCAGAUCAUAUCAGAUUUUCUUUCAGUUCUUAACACAAAGAAAGGGUUUCUGAAAUCCGUUCGUGAAAUAGCUGCUCGAAUCAACGAGGCCCUUGCGCGUCUCCGGAAUCUUCCAGCGUAUGCGAAUAAAGCAAGGAAAACAGUUGAUGAUAUACUUAACUUUGCAGACAAAGCUCAAGACUACGAAAAAGAGAUCCAGAAGCUUGAUAUAAGAAAGCAAUUUGGACUUGACUUUGAUCAGCGAAUAAGAGAUGUCUGCAACGAGUUUAAGACCAUCGCUGUUGAGACGCUCGACAAGUUUGGAAACUAUGACAUUGUCGAAGAAGUUGAUACGUUUUUCAACAAAGAGGCCGAUAAGCUCAUAAGCAAAGCCGUGUCGAAGUUUCUUAGAAUUAAAAAACCCAUCGACGAGAUGCAAGACGAAUUACGAAAUAUCAAGGCCAUGGUGCGUGAAAUGAUGGGUGUCUUAAUAGAGCUGAAGCCUUUCAUCAACAAUCUUUCGCCUAUUUUAGAGACGGCAGGUCAACUACCUGACUGCAAGCAGAUCAAGAAUAUACUCAUAGAGAGCACUAAACCAUGCGUCCGCAAAGCUUUUGGGGUUGGGAGAUACGUCAUCGAUCAGUACAAGGACUUCAAUAAGGAAGUGAGAGUUCUAUAUGACAUGGUUCCGGCUACAUGGAAGAACUUUAAAAUUCAGAAGUGUAUCAAGGGUGGAACUUGCAUUUCCAAAGCUUUUAUUGAUCAAGCUAAAACCAUUAAAGAUAAGGUUGAUGUCCUUAAAGACAACUUUAAAGAAGCGAGUGGAUACACUGACCUGCUUCAAACUUGCGAACAAGGGGUUGAUAACAUCACAGCUGUUAUCGACACGGUGAAAAUGUUAGUGGAACAAGUCCAGAAUUUUUCCCUUAAAGAUGAUGUUCAAAGAGUAAAGGCGGUUUUCCAAAAGAUCACUGGCCGACAGGCCGAGAACGAUGAGGGGAGUGGUAUUCAAAAGCGCUCCAUAAAAGAAGUAAAAGAAAGAAUCGAAAGAAUCGUGGACUAUGUACAGAAGGCAAGGGAAGCUCAGAAGAAAAUGCAAGACUUGCUCGAAAACACAUUCGAAGCAAUGAGAAAUGUCUACGAUGAUGCUGUUCUAGAACAUGUCAAAGCGGUUGAAGAUGUGCGUUCCAAACUUAAACUAUCAUACGAACUUUGGAAAAAGACAAAGAAUAUCAACCACGUCCUGCAAGCAUUAGAUACUGUUACCCAAGAUGCUUCAAAAUAUGCUGAGAGCUUAAAAGGUGUGACGAAUUCAUUCUCGAGCCCAAUUAUCGACCUCUUAUCUGAAACGGGAGAACUCAGUGAUGUUGUGAAGCCCUAUCUUAACAAAUACGCCACCAAAUUCACUGAUACUAUUACAAAAGUCAACAACUUUCUGGACAAGGUUACAGACUUUCUUAACAAGCUACAGCUGCGACAGAGAGGACUAGACCCCAGGGCUUACAAACCCUGGGAACAAAUACCCUAUUGUUCGGAAGAAGUUUGUGUACGAUCAAUCAAACGAUCGUCAUCACUUUACCUAAAAACCAUUUUCACUUGGAAGUUCCCACAUCUAGAUGACCUCUCCUCUAUGGACAAGAGUGGGCGUUGGCUGACCCCAGGUUUGUUUGAUGACUAUAAAGUAGAGGGAAUCUCAAGGCUCUCCAAAAGCGAGGUUAUUUUGGGUAUGCAUGGAGUCUCUAGCAACAAAGGGAAAGCAUCACUUUUAGUAGUAACCAACUUUGGUAAUGGAGUCAAAAAGAUAAUUCAACUUGGUAGUCAAGGAAGCCCUCUAGUUGUAAAAAUAGGAGGAGUGGCUGUUGCUCGAGAUUACAUCUGGAUCAGUGACAGCGCGUCAAACAAAAUUUAUUCCGUAAAGAAAUCUAGUGUGACAAGUUCAUUCUCGUCGCCAAAGCCAUCUUGGGUUGGUUUGUCCAAAUCUGCGUCAGUUGAAGGUACUGCAACUUCUCUUUCUUACGAUGAGCCAUCCAAUGUCCUUUGGGUAACAGACGGCAAAGGUGGAAAGGCCUACGGCUAUAAGCUAUCUGCUAACGGGGAUCUGUCUCCUUCUGGCCUAACACCCGACAGAGUAAUCAUCAUCGGAGCAAACGCAGAAGGCAUGGCUAUCGUCAGACAGUUCAGUACCGAGUAUGUUUGCAUCUCGAAAUGUGCCAUGAUUUCUGGUUUCCAAUGUAAGCUGGAGUUCCAUGACAUUAGUGGUGGUGAUGAGACCGGAGAAAACACGCUCUCUAGAGUCGUCAGAACCCCCUCGGGCUUAGAGUCCGUCUCCAGAGUUGACAGUGAAGUAAUCGCAGUGGCGUUCUCAAGUGGUACUUAUGCCGAGAAAGAUAAUGUAGAGCGUAUAGGUGGUGACUUUGAAGAAAGAUAUUUCUACCUAAGACUUCCGAUUUUGAAAAUGACUUUUGGAAUCCAAGAAAACUGCUUGUUCUUUACGGUUAUGAAUGACUACAUUCUGCGACCGCGGCGGUUGUUUCCAUUCGGAGACAUGAUUUGCGGAACUACACGAAAGCGAAGCACCUCGCAAGAGCUAUUGGAGUCUGAUGUUUACUCUGAGCAACUGGAAGAAGAUCAUAAGAGCAAUAGGAGAAUGCGCAGGCAAACCUCAGAUCUUGGAUCAUGUAUGACUUUGUUCCGUGGAAAUGUUCUUAGGGGAUAUCAGAAAUUCUUCCCUGAAUAUUCACAAACCAUCAUUGUGUUUGGCAUACCAGUAAGACUGUUCGCUGGGGCUGGUGGCUAUUAUAGUGUAGACUAUCAAGGGCAAGUUUGCACGAGAGACAAAGUUUUCAGACUUGGUCUCAUUCCUGGAGCUUGGAUCUCUGUAUACGCUGGUGCUUCUUUAUCAAUUUUUAUCGUAGAAGCUGGAAUUACGAUUGAAGCAAGACUUCUAGAAUCCUACUUCGUACCAGAACUACGAAUCAAGAUCGAUAAGUGGCCGCUUAAAGCUUGCAUAGAACUUAAGUUACGAAUGACUCCACUUCGCAUCAGAGUUUGGUUGUGGUACAGAUUCCGUCUUUGCAUUAGGAUCAGAUGCAAGUUGUUUGGAUGUAGUAUAAAGAUUAGAUGGUGUUCGAAGAAGACCCUUGCGGAGUGGUGGUGGUCAGCGAGAACGAUCGACCGGACGCUCUUUACAAAUUGCCACCAAGAUGUUGAUACGACGCCUCCUGUUGCUGGUGAAUGUACUGCAAGGCAAGCUGCCGACAAAAAAUAUUUCGUACAGUGGCAUGGAUUCUACGAAGAUACUAAAAUCAACAACUACCACGUCAGGAUAGGAUCCAUUCAGGGUUCUGGCGAUGACUACUCUGCAUGGGUGGGAACAUCUUUAAGCGUAGUUGUCAACGAUCUUCCAAUAAUGCACGGACGAGAUGUGUAUGUCAGUGUAUUGGCGACAAAUGACAUGGGGCGUGACAGUAAGUUAGUUAACUGCCCUAAAUUUACGGCGAGACGUAAGAGUCCUCAGAUUCGGUAUGUCUACGAUGGUGUCAAUGAACAUCAAGAUGUGGAUUAUCAGUCAGAUACAUACGCUUUAGGUAUGAAUUUUGCCUUCAAGAGCAAUAUAGAGGAUAUCGCAUACACAAAAUGGGGAGUAUCGUCCUCUCCCAGCUGCACGUUUAACGAAGCUGAAGCAGAUAUCGUUCCCUUGACCACUCUCGGUGACUCAACUACUAUCCAGACUUCUGGCCUGAAUUUGAUUCACGGCAAAAAAUAUUUCACACGCCUUUAUGCGAUGGAUUUGUUUGGAUUAAAAUCAGUCAUGUGCAGCGAUGGUAUUUUGAUUGACACGACACCUCCUUUUGCUGGGUAUUUCCAGGAUGGUGCUGGUGAAGCUGAUGCAAUGUUUCUCCCAUCGCUAAGGCGUGUUCGGGGAAAAUUCGAUCAUUUCAAAGAUCCUGAGAGCCCUCUGGUGAGAUAUGAGUGGAAGAUUUCAAGAAACAACACCGAUGAAGAUGUAACGUCAUUUGUAGAUAUUGCACUCACUCAACAGACACCCUUCAUGGAUGGCCUUUCUCUUGAAGCUGGUUUAACUUACAAACUAGUACUCCGUGGAACAAACGCGGCAGGACUUCAAACAGUUAUUGAGACAAAUGGAUUUGUGCCAGAUAAUACACCGCCGUAUUGCGAAGAGACUGCUAUUGACGUAACGAACGAUGAAGAUUUACUUGAUGUAGACUUUGUUAGAAAAUUGAGCAGUAUUCAAGCAAAAUGGAAAUGUGUAGAUCAGGAAAGUGGCCUUCGCGCACAACUGGUGGGAGUUGGUACUUAUCCAGGAGGAGAUGACGUGAGAGCAUUUGAAGAUGUCAACUUCGUUACCCACAAAGUCAUCCAAGGUGGUAUGCUAUUUGCGAGUUUCUCUGAUGUCAAUAUUCUUCCGCGAGUCAGAUAUCACGUCACCAUUAAGAUCAUAAAUGGAGCUAACCUCAAGAAAACUAUUUGGUCCGAUGGAAUUAUCAUUGACAAUACGCCGCCCACAGUGGCUUCACAAUACAUUAAAGAUGGCGUAGAGGGAAGGGAUAAGAACUACACUAGUGAAAGAUACACCUUUAGUGCGCACUGGGAACAAGCAUUUGCAGAUUCAGAAAGCAGCCUGGUUGAGUACCGCGUUGCUUUAGGGACUAACCCUGGAUUCAGUGACAUUCAGAAUUUUAAGACAGUUGGCUACCAAACCAGAGUGACCAUUGGAGGUCUUUUCCUGAGCAGUGGUCAGCGUUAUUUUGUUACAGUUGUUGGCUGCAACGGGGUUGGUAUGUGUAUUAAUGGCAGUAGUAACGGAGCCAUUGUGGACUUUAUUCCUCCACACACUGGAAAAGUCAUCACCGGACUAACAGGCCCUCCUCAGUUGUUUCAAUGGAUUAGUAAAUCAGUAUGGGCAAGAUGGAAUUGGUGUUUAGCGGAUGAGAAGAGAGUAUUUGGACCAGUCGACUCUAGUCAGUGCAGCAACGACAGCUUCUACGAUGUACAUAGUGGCGUUGCAGGUUUCGGUAUUUCAGUGGCCUCUUUGAAGAAUGACGACCUAUUGGCAGCGCCUAAGACGGCUGGACGGGUUAGGGUUACUGGGCGCAACAUUGACCUCGAAGAUGGAAUGUACUCAGUGGUUAUUGAAGCAAAAGAUAAAGCAGGUCUUGCUGCUCGCGGUUUAUCAAAUACAUUCAUCGUUGAUUCUAGUCCCCCUCUAAUAACGUACAUCCAGCAUGGACAUUUUGGCGAAACAUUGGCAGCUAUUAACAAACCGCGUAUUACUUUCAGAGCGUAUUUUGAAAUUGAGGACGAUUUAUCGAGAGUUGCGACGUACAAGGUGGGAGUUGGAAGCUAUCCUGGGGCUGAUGACGUCAUGAGAUUCCAAUUGAUUCCAUUAAGUAAACCAGAGUCUUCAUUGAGAGCCAACUGGACAGCGCCAAACUUGUUGUCCUUGGAAAGCAACCGACGUUAUUUUAUUACCAUUUGGGCCAUCAACAACGCUGGAUUGUUUAGCAUCAAAUCAUCGCCCCCUCUACUCUCUGACCUAGAACCCCCAAAAGGGGGAAUCGUCCUAGACGGAUGGGGCUCAGCUGAUGCCCAGUAUCAAAGCUACUCCACCCUUUUCCGUGCCCAUUGGUAUGGCUUUAUUGACUUCUCUGGUAUUGAAACAGUACUAUUAGGUUUAUCGAGCAAGGCAGACUCAAUUAGCUGCGAUGUGAAGAAGGAACAGAUUGUUCCAUCCAAUUCAAACUAUCAUGUCUUAUUUGGGCUGAACUUGACUUCUGGUCAAAGAUACCACGCAUGCCUCAAAAUGACAGACAGGGCCGGGAAUCAAGCGUUUUUUCACUCUAACGGAGUGAUUGUGGAUAGCACUCCUCCCCUUCUAGGCUCUGUGACCGAUGGAAGACCUGGAAUGGAAAUUGACGUACAAAUCGAGAGUUCAGUUCUUCGAGCCUCUUGGUUUAACUUUACCGAACAAGAAACAAAAAUAUUAACUUAUCAGCUGGCAUUCGGCACGUCUCCUGGAGCCCAGGAUGUGCAACAAUUUACAGAUGUAGGGCUCGUAAACACAGCUGCAAGCUCUAGAUUACAAAUUUCAGAGUUGACAAGUGGCAGUCGUUAUUAUGCGACAGUGAUUGCAUUUAAUCUGCUUGGUAUGCCUAGUGCAAUGGUUUCCUCCAAAGGUGUUUUGGUGGAUUUCACACCUCCCGUUUUCUCAGAACCGGUUCUCGAUGGUGACGAUCCAAAUCAAGACCUAAGUUUUACUUCAGGAAGUUCCUUGGCUGCCACAUGGACCUGCGAUGAUUCAGAAACAUCUUUAGCGUCCAUAGAGAUUGCCUUUGGUUUACAGCCUGGAGAAGACGAUGUUAUGAACUUCACAAGCUUGCCGAUUCACAAAACAUCGUUUACAAUAGCGGGCAAUCUUCAACUGGGAUAUCGUUACUUUGCAACGAUAAAAUGCACCAACAAUGUGGGCCUUAAGGCAAUUGCUGUUUCGAACGGUGUUGUCUUUGAUGACACUCCUCCAGAUUUAAUUUAUGUCCAAGAUGGGAAAUACCAAUACUCUACAAGAAACUUGACUGUAGAAUUCAAAUUUGCUGACUCGGAGAGUGGUGUAAAAGAAUAUGCAGUGAAGGUAUUCAGCUCAGUCGAAGACGCUCACGGAUUCUUCAGUUUCAACGGCAAUGUCUCCACAGCGGCUUUGAUUUUAGCCAAAGAUCUUGAUGGUGGGAGAAGGUAUUUUGUCAAUGUGACAGCAGUGAACGGUGUUGGGUUGGAAACUACUAUGAAAUCAGAUGGAUUUACCGUGGAUACUUCGCCUCCGGUAUGCUUGCACGUAUGGGAUGGUCAGGGAGAUCUUCAGCAGGACUUAAAAUACGCUCCAAGCUCAAGCAAACUGAGCAUUUCAUGGUUGUGCUAUGAUAAUGAAUCCCCGAUACUUCGCUAUCGUUUCUCAGUUAAAAACUUACGCACGAGCGAAUACGCUAUUCCUUUUUAUACUUUAAAGACACCUGUAAACUCCACAGGGUCUGCAAUAAUAACAGGAGGAGGUCGAAUUUCAACAGACUAUAAAGAAGGAGAAACCUACGUCGUUGGUAUUGAGGUUCUUAACGCUGUCGGCCUGUCCUCAGUAAAUUGGACGGAUGGCGUUAUCAUUGAUAGCUCCCCUCCUGAAGUGAACGACUUAAAAUUAACAUAUGAUCCAAAUAAUGAUUCUGUGAGCGCUUCAUGGACUGCGAAGGAUGACCAAAGUGGACUCGCGUGUGUCGCAUGGGGAUUGGGAACUAAUCCAGAGAGUAACGACAUCAGAAACUUUACAAAAGUGUCAAUUUCUAUGUCAAGCGUUUUGAUUUCAGAUAUUCCUUUGCUACUUGGUCGGACGUAUUUCUUGAGGCUCCUUGCUGUAAAUAACGCCGGCUUAUCUAGUAAAACAGCAUCAAAUGGCGUCAUAAUCGACCGAACUGCGCCGGACCCUGGCUUUGUGGUUGCUCAGUAUGUUUUCCCAACCAAUUAUGAUCGGAACAAGAAUGAAGUACCAGGAUCAUUGAUGGUGGUAACUUGGACAGGCUUUGUAGAUCCUGAAAGUGGUAUUAGACAGACUAGUUGGGCUGUUGGUGAAGAUCUUCUUUCGCUUAAAUCAAGUGCCGACGAUUUUUAUACCGAUGUUAUCGCAGACGACUCAGUGGGUGGAGUGGUGAUCAGUAAUCAAACCCUCGUCGGAAAUAAGACUUACUUCGUCUGCAUUCGAGUUAGAAAUGGCGCUGGACUUCAAAGAACUGAUUGCUCGUCUGGAUUGUUUGUCAUACUUGGAAAGUUUUCUGCUGGGGUAGUAAGCGAUGGCCCAGUAAUUUCAGCGAAGGAUAUUGACUUCCAACUAGACGACAAAGCAAUUUGGGCGCACUGGAGUGGCUUCAAGGAUCCAGUAUUUGGUAUCUUCAGGUAUGAUUGGUGCAUUAGGGAUCAACCGCCUAACCCUUCUGGAUCUGAUCUUUGUAAGUGGCCAUUCUUGGAGUCACAUCAUCUGAAAACGUCCACUAACCGCUUCCACAACCUGACACUUGAACACGGCAAGAAAUACUAUGUUACAGUGAGAGCUGAGAACUACAGAGGAGAGCAUGUCAGUGCUUCAUCGGAUGGUGUUGUUGUCGAUCGAACGCCCCCAAUAGGAAAGUCACUUCAAAUAUCUCCCACAACUGGAAAAGGAAGUUUGUACGUGAACGCACCUUCUGCCCCUGUAGUCACGUGGUCCAUAGACGAUCCUGAAAGCGGUAUAAGCCAUUUUCUUGUGGGUGUAGGUAGUUUCCAAUUCCAAGACAACUUGCUAGGGUUUCAACGUGUAGACAGCCUUAGUCGUUCCAUCGACUUGGACCAACUUAAUUUUACUCUCCACCAAGGACUAGUCUUUCACGUAACAGUUAUUGGAGUCAACAUGCUUGGCCUGAAAACCACUCUGACAUCACAGCAAGUUGUAGUGGACUGGACGCCACCACAAUCUGGUCUUGUAAUUGAUGGAAAUCUUACCUCCAUGGGUAGUCAAGAAUUCUUCGAUAUAGAUUAUCAGUACGAGAAUGGGGUACUGUCUGCCCACUGGAAGGGAUUUCAAGAUACUGAGAGCGGUGUCGUUGAAUACAGCUGGUGUGUUGGAACAACGCAAGGCGCCUGCAACGUACACAACAUGACGUCUGCAAAUCUCCAAACAAGAGCGCAUUCUUACGUUGUCCUUAAAGAAGGUCAGAGGCACUUCUUUACAGUAGAAGCUCUAAAUGGUGCUGGAUUAAAAGAAACAGCUUACUCUGAUGGCGUUAUGCUGGACAGUACUCCGCCAAGCGUUGGGGAAGUUUUACUGGCUAGUGAAACUCAAAAACAAGCAGAUUCGCUGCCUCCCUACAUCAAGCAACAAAGUGAUCGUUUGUUAUCGUUUUCCUGGGAAGCACCUUUCGAUACAGAAAGUGGAAUUUCUUCUGUAGAGUGGUGCGCUGGCUCAAGACCGGAAUUAUGUGAUAUUGUCCCAUGGACAGAUGUAGAAAGAAGUAGAACGUGGAUCAAGCACUCUCUUUCGCACCCGCUUGCAUCAGGGGCUAUAGUAUUGAUUAGAGUUAAGGUGACAAACGGUGCUGGCAUGAUAUCGACUGCCAUCUCUAAACCGCUGCUUAUUGAUAAUACUGAGCCAACAAAGGGUGCCGUAAUAGUAGGAGACACAUUGGAAACUGAGUACCUGCGUAAAGAAGAGCCUGUUACGGCAGAUUGGAGCGGUUUCUCUGAUCAAGAGAGUGGAUUGAGUCGCUUUGAGUGGGCUGUUUGUCACGCUGGUUCUACAAAAGACUGCAUCACUCCGUUUGUCGAUGUUGGACUUAAAAGGAGCAUAAGGAAUUCCGCUCUUGACAUCAAACCUGGAGUUUGCUAUGUUGUCGUGGUGCGGGCCCACAACAAGGUGGGGUUGUUUAGUGAGGCUGUGUCUAAUCAGUUCAUGCUUGACCUCACGGCACCGAUUUCCGGCAUUGUAUACGAUGGCUCGGACGAGAGAAAUGACGCAGCACUGCAGAUAUCUGAAAGUGAAAUUUCCGCCAAUUGGUCGCCGUUUGCAGAUUCUAAUAGUAGAAUAACCGAGUACGAAAUGUGUGUGGGAACAGCACCAGAAAAAUGCGAUGUAAGUGACUUUGUUAGUUUUGGAAUGGCUCUUAAAGGUACAAUCACUGGUUUAAGUCUGAAUCACUCUGGGCGAUAUUUUGUCACUGUUAGAGCAACGAACGAGGUUGGCUAUAGCAGCUUGGCAGCCUCUAAUGGUAUUCAAGUUGACAGUACUCCUCCUGUUGCGGGCAAAGUCAGAGAUGGGGAGACACUUGCGGACAUCGAUUUCCAAGCUGGCGGUGCAUUUAUUUAUGCCAACUGGGACGAGUUUCAGGAUGUAGAGUCUGAGGUAACCAGGUACGCAUGGUGCGCUGGAACAAUAAAGGGAACCUGUGACAUCAUUCCUGAAACGGAUGUUGGUGAACACACUGCUUUUGGUCAGCAGAUUCGUCCUUCCUUAGCUACAGGAAUGGCUGUGUUUGUGACGGUUAGCGCUUACAACGGUGCAGGGGCAGUUACAAGGAGGUCUUCGGACGGUGUUAUAGUAGACAGCACCCCUCCUGAUAUCUCUAAGGUAUUCGACCUACAGUUACGAUCGCCUUUUGAUGAUAAAGACUACAUAACUGCCAAAGACGCUUACUGUGUCAGCUGGGAAACAAAGGAUAUUGAAAGUAGUGUAUUAAAGAGCGAAGUGUCCAUCUGUGCAGCCAUCGACGAGACCAACUGUUUGCUACAGCAGAUGGAUGUUGGAAAUCGUACUAUAAUUUGCAUUGCUGACUUAGAGCUUCAAGAGGGCGUGAAGUAUGUAACGACAGUUCGUUCUACAAACGUUGUCGGUGGAUCUAGAGAGUCGUCAUCGGAUGGCUUCGUGGUUGACUCAACUUCCCCAGUAGUGGGUGAAAUCAUGCACGUUGAGAAUCUACCUUUAGGAGAAGGUUCUGAGGUGUUCACCGACUCGGAGAUAUCGGUAGAGUGGAGUGGAUUCUUUGACAAGGAGAGUAGAGUCGAGAAAUAUUAUCUUUGCGUGGGCACCCAGCCUGGCGAAUGUAAUAUCAUGAAUUUCACUGACCUAGGUAACGCUUCUAGUUACACUCUGCGAAACCUGCAGCUUCUUCAAGGCGAGACGUACUUUGUUUCUAUAAGGGCACAGAACAGAGCUGGUCUGGUCAGUGAUGUUAAGUCCUCAAGUGGCGUCAUCGUUGACAAGACAGGUCCUCUAUCUGAAGGACAAAUUAUGGAUGGAACAAAUGAAGGUGCAGAAAUUGACAUUCAACAAAGCAGAACCCACAUAGCAGCUCACUGGAAAGCAUUUGAAGACCUUGAAAGUGAAAUCAUUCGUGUCACGUGGUGCGCCGGCUUGUCACCAGGCUCUUGCGAUCUGGUCAAUGAAACUGAACUUACCACAUCCAGUACGUCCGUGAGCAAGGUUCUCGUUGAACCCGUGACGAACGGUGGGCGGUACUUUGUCACAGUGAAGGCAAUGAACGGUGCAGGUGUCCAAACCUCACUGACAUCGGAUGGAGUGACAGUGGAUGAAACGCCACCAACAUCCGGAAAUGUUAUUGAUGGAAGUGACGCAGAUGUCAAAUAUGUGAAUGGGGAACAAGACAUCCGUGCACAUUGGUUCAACUUUGAAGACUUAGAAUCUGGCAUCGAAUCCUAUGAGAUCGCUUUAUGUGACGUCAGGAACUUUUCCUCUUGCCCACAACCUUUCAUUGGAGUGGGACGAGCUACAAACGUUUCAGUAACAGGAUUGGACCUCGAGAGUGGCGCUCAGUACUUUCUCAUCGUUAGAGCCAUAAACUUCGCUGGUCUCCAUGUUCAAGCUUCCUCCGAUGGAUUUACAGUUGAUUUUACCCCUCCCUUGGCAAGUACAGCAAGAUUAGGAACUGGAAUUGAGCCCGCCAAAUACCAAUCAGAUUUGACGAAGUUGGUUGUAAGAUGGGAUCCAUUUCUUGACCCUGAAAGCAGAAUUUCGGAGUAUCAAGUAUGCAUCACGUCCGUGCCUGGGAACUGUACAAUCACUAACUAUAUUGACGUUGGAAUGAAUACAAGCUUCACUUUCCAUAGCUUACAACUUCUCCAUGGUGAAGCCUAUUAUGCCCUUAUCAAAGGAACAAACGAGAUUGGAUUAUCUUCGGAGAGAACAACGAAUCGAUUAUUGAUCGAUGCAACACCCCCUGUCUUAAAAGACAUCGACAACGGUCCGAUCAACACAACUCAUGAAACUCCUGACGGAAACAAUACCGUUAGCCCGGUGCUUCAAUUGUCACCCAACAACACGACUCAAGGAAGCAAUCAUAUACGAUUCAGGUGCUUGGAAGAACUAUUACAAGCUGACUGGGAUGAAUUCAAAGAUCCAGAGAGCCAACUAGCGCGGUAUGAAUGGUGUGUCGGGACAUCUCGAGGGCUCUGUGAUAUGGUAAAUUUGAGGUCGGUGGAUGUAAAGACAAAAGGAGCUGCUCUUGUGAAGAGACUCCCUUCAGGCACGUUGCUGUUUGCUACAGUAUACGCCAUCAAUGGAGCAGGAUUGAGGACUCGUUUGGUGUCUGAACAUUGUAAGGUCAUAUCCAUUGCACCUAAGGUUGCGGAAGUUAUUGACAUUCCUACAUUGAACACGAGCAAUCUCUCUGAUAUUGACUGGAAAUCUAUGGCGGAAAGCCUCUCACUCAGAUGGGAGAUGAUUGGAAGAUAUGUUAAGGAUAUUUCCCGUUUGCGUAUUCAGGUAGCCAUCACACAGCCUUCCUCGAACCUGUCUUUACCGCAGAUUAAUUCGGAUAGGUCCUGGCGUAGCGAACCCCUAAUACACGAUUUCAUGGACGUUUUGACAUGGCAACGAAACGUGACUAUCCAGGGUGUGGAACUACAAGCAUGGGAACGUUAUCGAGGGGUUGUGAGGGUCUGGAACGAGGGAGGUAUUUAUAGUGAGUCCGCGAGUGAUGGACUGAGAAUCGAGCCCACUGCUCCUCCAAAGCGUGGAUUAUUUAUUUCAGAUAAAGCCGCUGAACAAGAGCCCCUACGUUGGCUUCCAAAUCUUAGAUUGCCCAAGGUUAACGACAGUGCAUUAGACUCGGAGAUAAAAUAUAUUUCUUCCCCUGGGGAGGUGGAAUUGAUUGUGAGAAGCGGCUUAAAUGACUCUAGCAAUAGAACAGCUUUCAUUUUGGAUCACAAUCUUUUCAGCCCGACCAAGGAAUUUAAAAUUAUUGUCCAAAAAGUUACGUCUGAGGCCAAUGAAACUAACACUACUGAGGAUUUCAGCGUAAUGAAAGUUUUCCCGGGUUUUACCAAUCCCGAGGGUCCGUGUUGUACCAGGCGCCCAGUUGAUCUACAAUCUGUCUUCAGUGAUACGCAUUUCAAAACCACCAUACCGUCCCAGCAUUUUGGUGUUUCUAUCGCUAGACUACCAAACGAUCAUUUUGUUGUUGGUUCUGCAGAUAAGGCGUUUGUUUUGCCCCUUCGAAACAGGGCCGCCAGCCACAUAACAUUGCUAGAUGACAUUGUUGGUUCUCCGACAUCACCUAUCAUUGUAGUAUCACACGGUAAUAGGUCCGCAUUCUUCGCCAAUGGCAAAGCUUAUAUUUAUCAAAGUGAAGUCAUUGACACCGGCGACCUUGAAUUAACUAAGACCGCAGUUCUGGGAAAUUGCAAGACUGUAUCAACUUAUAUUUGUGCUACAAACAACAAGUGGGCCGAUAAUGUGAAACAUGCUAUAGCCAUUAAUCAAAAUACGAUCGCUAUGACGGGAAUCAACUCAUCUACGAACGCCAGCGUUGUGGGCGUAUUCCAGGAGCGGAAUGGAACGUGGUUGUUUGCUCAAGCAUUGAGAAGAGGAAAGAGUGACUCUGACUUUGGAUUGUCUUUGACUUUGAAUGCGCGCAUCUUAGCAGUAGCUACAGGAGAAGGCAAGAAUUCUUGUAUCUCAGUAUACUCUGUCGAAUCUUUUACAUUACACUUGACCAUCUGCAUGUCUGAGCUCGAAGAUAAUACAGGUUCUCUGUCACUUUAUCUUACGGAGACUGACGCGCUAAUAAUGGUCUCUAAGGACUCCAAGUCAUUAAAAGUUCUUCAGCUCAACAUUUCAUCAAAGUCUUACAAAAAUGUAUGUCACCUUGAUUUCACACCAAACGAACGUCUGAGUGGAUACCUUGAUGUCAGUGCUCGGGAUGGAAGUUUUAUUAUCGCGUUAGGUAUGCAGACAUUAGAUGGCCGGGAUGGUGUGCAACUGGUAGGUUUCCAUGGAAUCUACUCAGAUCUUGAUCUUGAAAAAUGCGUAAACCUAGGACGUGUGGUCGCACGAGAAAGUGGAUUUAGAGUAGAUGAUGGAAUUCCACGUACUUCCGUGUCAUUCGACAAUGAUACCGUUUUGUUUGGAGCCCCAAAUGUUGUCACGUGGCCAGGACAGGGCGAGGAUUCAGGUACUGGAAGGGUCUAUGUGGCAACAUAUUGCCCUACCAAUCAUGUAAGAGUUCGAGUUUCUCAGAUCAAGGAAAUUGGUUCUGUACGUUGCGUGCCCUGCGAGGCUGGACAGAAGUCAUUUGGCGGGUUUGUGGAAAUGUGCUCAGAUUGCGAAGGAAUGUCUUGCUCAAAACCUCAAAGCGAUGAUCCGUUUAGUUUUAAAUCAAGUAUAUGUGAUUCGUUUUCCUGUCCUUCUGGAUCGAUGGUGAAUAACUCGACAAAUGGCAUGAACUUUUCGUUCCCGAAUGACUCAUUUCUCGUCCCUGGUCCAGAAAACCUUUACACUAUACAAUUACUUGAAACAACACGAGCCUAUCUUUCAACAAGUUCUCUCUCGGAGUCGUUCGUGAUCGAUCCGACAUCCCCUGAGACUGGAAUCGUCUACGAUGGACUUGGCAGCGACCCAAAUACAAACUGCUCGGACAAUUCGACUUUCGGUGAAGACAGUCAGUGCUCUACUCGCAGCUUUGAAGAAACUGAUGUGGACUAUACCAAUAAUACGCGAGAGGUACACGCCAGAUGGCUUGACUUCCUCGACGAAGAAAGCGACAUUGUAGAGUAUUUCUGGUGUAUAGGAUCUAAGCCUAUGACUGACGACAUUCGGCAGUGUGAAAGUACGGGAUUGAGGCCAAACGGAAGUCAUUACGGUCUUAACUUUGGGCAAGGUGACUCUUAUUACGUGACAGUUGUAGCUUGCAAUGGAGCUCGCAGAUGUUCUGCCACUCACAGUGAUGGCGUCACAAUAGAUACCACACCACCUGUGAUGGAAUAUGUCAGGGAUGGAAUUAUGGGGCCUGAUAUGGAUUUUCAGGUCUUUGUUGAUAUCAUCUUUGCCUAUUUCUCGGCGAGAGAUCCUGACAGUGGUGUGACGUCAUAUGAAGUUGCGUGGGGAACUGCACCUGGUUCAACAGAUAUCAAGGAAUUCGAGGAAGUUACCAACACAACGAUAUGGCUAGCUAAGUUCAAAGACAACGCACUUGGCGUAGGAAACAAAUACUACGCCACUGUGCGAGCCACAAACGGAGCUGGUCUAUUGUCAGAAAAGCUGUCUUCAAACGGGAUUGUAGUCGGCAAGUCGGAAUACAUUUUUGACAACGCGUCCGCCGCCGAGUUUUUCUUUGAUACGGUGAAUGUUAAAGAAGAUGGAUCGCGCAAGGACGGUGGAGUGGGAAAGACAUACGGGACAUUGACUGUACCAGAAGGUGCUGUCGAGGAGCAGGUGAAGUUGAGAUCGUACAGUUUGGAUGAGAAAACAAUGGAUACGAACCAGACUGAGGAGGGUCCCGUUAGCAAUCCUAAGUACACUAGGCCCAAGCAAUUCAUGCUUGGAAAUUACAGUUUUGUCAUCAAGGCGUUAGACCCGAAGAAUAACACGGUGAAAGAAGGCUUCAAAUUUGCUGAGCCAAUCACAAUUGCCAUGUUCUACGACGUUGAUAACCUGGUGAAAGCCAACAGAAAGCACGUCAAUAAUGAACUCACCAAGGAAGACAUAGAUCCUGUGUUGUAUCUUUGGGAUCCCAAGAAUGAAACCUGGUUUGAUGCAGCGCUCACGUGCCCUGAGCCCUGGAGUCACGUGAACAAGUCGAUCAAACUGUUGACAGUGAAAGUCUGUCACCUGACUCAGUUCUCGUUCCUUUGGUCAUUCUACGCAAAAAAUGGUCUGGUUUUACUCGAUAAAAACAACUCAAUGUACAAUGACAAUGGAGCCGUAGAAGUUACCCGCUCCAGACAAGUCACCAAACUGGAAUUUCCAGUACGUAGAGCGAAAGGUUCCCUGGGUGACGUAACUGUGCAAUGGUCUCUGUACCAAAAUGAUUCGUCUGACAGUAUGGAGAUCGUGUGGCCGAAAUCUGGACAGGUGUCGUUAGCUGAUGGUCAGUGGAACGACUCGUUUAUCAUCAACGUCGCCAGUGACAAGAAAGAAGUACACGAGAGUGUGGUUUGGAUCCAGUUAGAUAAAACCACAGGCGGCGCUGUCCUCGCAUCACGUGAUCAAACUACAGCCAAGAUCUUAAUCACUGGAAAUGAAGGAAAGAGUGGGGCCUGGAGAUGGAUUGUGACUGGCGUCUGCUGUGGCGUGUUCCUUAUUGUUGUCGGUGUUCUUGUGUAUUGGCUACAUAAAAAGAAACAAGAGUCACAAAGGAUUGUGGAUAAGAGAACCGAGAUUGAGCUUCCCUUCUGCAGUUCGAUGCGAAGAAAACGAGGCCUGACUGAAAGAAUGUAUGGUAGCAACUUUGAUACACUACAACCCGAUGAGAAAGCUGUUCCACAAAUGUAUGCUGGUGAUAUAGGGACACUGAGUCUUGUUCCAAAAAAUACACAAAUGGCCCUUUCUUCAUUGCCGGACACUCCUGAAAUACAUCGCGUGUGGAACCUCGAGCAGGCUGGUGAUGAGGAAACGGGAAGCCUUAGUAGUGGUGCAGACUCAUUUUUGGAUGAAGGAAGCGACAACGCAAUGCGACCAAUCACUGCAAAAAAGAAAAGCUUUAAACACAGAUUGACAAACCGGCUCAGGAUCACCACGAAAGACAAACACCAUCUUAGCCCUGCAGCAGCCCUCACUCCGGCAAGCAGCGACGAUGAAAUGGAAACGUCUUUCACAUCUUACAAAAGGACAGGAAUGUGUCUAACUAACCCACUGUAUGACUUAGGGCUGAACUCUUCUGCGGAUGUCUCCGGGGCGGAAUCGCCACUCCCUGAAGAGGGCAGCCCAAAGUCCGAAAAACAGAAACAAGUACAUGUGAAGACGAUCAGGGUACAUCGAGUGAACAGCCAGGAGGAUGGGUUUGAUUCGACUGAAAACACCAACAGUCAAGAAAACUCGAUCGGACAUGCCCACAAUACUACCGAGGACUCAACAGUAACAGCCAUUGAAGAAGGCAAAAAUUAAGGGAGCAAAGUCUGUGCGGACAAACAGACAGUUUCAUUUUUAAAACCAAAACAUUAAAGAAUUGAAGCAUAUUUUGAGCUGAUUUUUUUUUUUUUAAUUAUUGCCUUACUUAUUUCACAACCAUUCAAAUGUUAAUAAUUUUUUUAAGGAGGACCCAAAGUAUGACGGAGUUUAAUUGAUUAUCAAAUAUAGUAGUGUUUCGCUGCUCCUCGUAAUUCUGAGGUAAUGUGAGUUGUCCUGUUCUGCUUCUGUUUGAAUUUCAUAGAUUUUUUUAAGAUUUGUAGACUUGGUUAAUAGAAUAACACUUGAAAUAAUAAUAUUUCUUCCUAAGCUGUUAGAGAAACUAAAUAAA